AGGACCGGAUGUACGCGACCCGACUUUAAGCAGCAGACUGUGGCUGUGCAGGACAGUCGAGCUGCGGUCGCCCAACUUGUAACGAGGCGUAUGGAGCGAGAAACGGUCUGCUUCUGAAUUUCUAGCUGAGAAACAUCUGAAGACAUUUUCUCUGACGGCUGCAGAGACAGUCCUCCUUACCCGGACCCACCUGGACAGUAGUUUUUACUUUUGGAUGACAUCUGGUUCAGGCUAAGAAUGGAGAAGUACGAGAAGAUUGGAAAGAUCGGAGAGGGCUCCUAUGGUGUCGUCUUCAAAUGCAGAAACAAAGACACGGGGCAGAUAGUUGCCAUCAAGAAGUUUGUGGAGUCAGAGGAUGAUCCCAUCAUUAAAAAGAUAGCGCUGAGGGAGAUCAGGAUGCUCAAGCAACUGAAACACGCCAACCUGGUGAAUCUGAUCGAGGUUUUUCGACGUAAGCGGAAGCUUCACCUUGUGUUUGAGUACUGUGACCACACAGUCCUCAACGAGCUGGACCGCCAUCCCAGAGGUGUUCCAGAGCAUCUUCUAAAAAGUAUAACUUGGCAGACGCUUCAAGCCGUCAACUUCUGUCACAAACAAAAUUGCAUUCACAGAGACGUCAAGCCAGAGAAUAUUCUCAUCACCAAACACCAAGUCAUCAAACUCUGUGACUUUGGCUUUGCCAGGAUCCUCACUGGUCCAUGUGACUACUACACAGACUACGUGGCCACUCGUUGGUAUCGGGCCCCUGAGCUGCUAGUGGGAGACACUCAGUACGGCCCCCCGGUGGACGUAUGGGCGAUUGGCUGUGUGUUCGCAGAGCUGCUGUCAGGGAUUCCUCUGUGGCCCGGGAAGUCCGACAUGGACCAGCUGUACCUGAUUAGAAAGACUCUGGGAGACCUGAUCCCUCGACAUCAGCAGGUCUUCAGCAACAAUCAGUUCUUCAGUGGAGUUUCCAUCCCCGAGCCACAAGAGAUGGAACCUUUGGAGCAGAAAUAUCCGAACCUCUCCCACCAAGCUCUGAGUCUCAUGAAGGGUUGUCUGAGGAUGGACCCGUCCGAGCGGCUGACCUGCGAGCAGCUCCUCCAGCACCCGUAUUUCGACAGCCUGCGAGAAAAGAGCAAGAGCUCGUCUCGAGAGCAGGAACGCUCCAGCAACAAGAGGACCCGUUUCCCUCGCAAGCACCUUCCUCCUGGGUAUUUGCCACAGCUGACGGGCAGCAGCAUCUUCCCAGCUCUGGACAAUAAGAAGUACAACUUGCGCAAAUUCAACUACCACCUACCAAACAUCUAAACACACUGACCCUGACCUGGAUUUAAUCCUGAACACCAUCAACUGUGAAUGUUUUCUGAACAUCUCAAGAAAUGAAGCAGAUUAUGGUAGCACCUUGUUUUUUUAAAAAUCAUUUAAGAGGUUUCAACCAAUUUUUAAAAUAUUGCUUUUCCACAUGAGGUAUGUCAGGUCUCUCCUGAAACUGAUAUCAGUCUCUAUGCACUAUUUCCAAACAUGUCGGUUUAUACACGUUGCCUACAUUUCAAGCUCAUUUCGUUGUGUUUUGUAUAGUUGUGUAAAGACGAAGAGCGAUGUGCCGCUCUGCUUGUAGCUGCUGAGUAGACAGGUAAAACUGGGAUGUACUGCCUGGCCUGAUUUGCCAAAUGUAUUUUUAUAUAAUGUAAGAGUGACAUGUUUAAUGUUGUGUAACUGACUGUUGAGGACACAAACUUUGAUGUGAAAUGACUUCGGCAUUUCUGAAUAUGAUAUUUAUUGACAGCAGGAGUGAGUACAGUUGUAAACAUUAAAGCUGAUUUAGCACAAUUUUGGAUAAAUCAAGUAAAAAACUGUCUAGAAAUGUUUUUCCCUGCUCUACUGUCCCCCUCCCACCUUGCUAAGCUUCAGGCCCUGUGUUUAUUUCUUUCCCUCUAUGGCCAGUGUUGUUAAAAUCUGAGAUGUUAAAAUUUACACCAUCAACAUAACUAGAAAAGUGGGGAGUUUGUUCAGCUAUCAAAGUGUAACGUGAUUUCAAUUUAUUCACUUAUAACUCAUGGUUAUGUCACAAUAUGUGUGUCACGUAUGUAACACUGAACACAAUGCAAUAGUAGCUGGAACAUUAGAAAUAUCAAUAUUACUGGGAAAAAUCAUUCCUCUGUAUGACUUGCUUGUGUUAGGUAGGAAAAAGGGUCAUUGUUGUUGUACUGCCACAGAAAACCACAGGCUCUAUGGGCUUUAUUCCAUUUGUGUUAAUAUUACUGCUGAGCUGCUUGACGGCCGGGUCCGUCUCUGGCUGUAGUUACCACAUAGGACAAAGUUUCCCAAGGCAGGAGGGGCAAGGAGGAGCAGAGGGAGAAGAGGAGGGGUUACUGCCUGAGUUUGUUUUGAUUUUCACUCACUCUCUAACAGUUGAAUAGUUAGAGGGCCGAAGUUAGCUAGAGCAGUUUUAAUUUUAACCUACCUUUACUAGCUUUUAGCAGUAACAGUACCACAUUGUUGUUUCUGGGACUUUGGUGCUAAGGAUGUUUUCAGCCAUCUGUCUGUCCUCAGAUGUUGUACAAAUGCCAAAUUCAUCUAAAGAGAAAUCAUUUAAGACUCGUGAAGCUUUGAAAUCCUCAGUGUUGUUACAAACUGUUUCUCUCUGUGUACACACAUAUCAGAUUAUAAUAAACUAUCAUUAUGUCAAAGAAAACUGGUGUCAGCAGUAUAAAGUGCUUUAACUUU